CGGGCCUCGAAGGAGGCGGCGCUUCGGGGCUCCCGGCUUUGCUUUCGGCUUCGGCUCGGGAGCGGAGUAGGAGCAGGGCGCGUGGCGGCAGCAUGAGCCCCAAGAAGGCGGUGGUAGCGGCGCUGGGCGCGCUGUGCCUGGUGGCCGUGGCGGGACUCGUCCUGCUUUGCGUGCCCACCAAGGAUGUGCUGGACCCGCCCGCCUUCAAGUAUGGGAUAGUUUUGGAUGCGGGGUCUUCCCACACGGCCAUGUUUGUCUACAAAUGGCCGUCCGACAAGGAGAACGAGACCGGCAUUGUCAGCCAGCACAGCGACUGCCACGUGAAGGGAGGAGGCAUCUCAAGCUACUCCAUGAACCCACCAGCAGCCGGACAGAGCUUGGUAGACUGCCUUGACCAGGCCCUGGAGGACGUCCCAAAGACGAGACACGGCAUCACGCCCCUCUACCUGGGCGCCACGGCUGGCAUGCGGCUGCUGAACAUUUCUAACCCGCAGGCUUCAGACAGCGUCCUUGAAGCUGUGACCUCCACGCUGAAGAAAUACCCCUUUGACUUCCGGGGAGCCAGGAUCCUGAGCGGAGAGGACGAAGGCUUGUUCGGGUGGGUCACCGCUAACUACCUUCUGGAGAACUUCGUCAAGUACGGGUGGAUCGGGCGGUGGGUCCGCCCCAAGAAGAGCACGGUGGGCGCCAUGGACCUGGGCGGGGCCUCCACCCAGAUCACCUUCGAGACCACGGGGGCCGUCGAGAGCCCCGGCAACCAGGUGACGCUGAAGCUGUACGGGCAGAGCUACAAAGUCUACACACACAGCUACCUCUGCUACGGCAUGAACGAGAUCCACACCAGGUUGACUUCCAAGAUCCUGAAGGCUAAAGCUUAUGCCCUCCGACUGGAAAACCCCUGCUGGCCACAGGGCUUCAAACGCAGCUUCCCCAUGGAAAGCAUCUAUGGGUCACCUUGCGUCAUCUCCGAGAAGCCCCCCAACUACUUCCCCACGGCCCUGGUGAACAUGAGCGGCUCUGGAGACCCUGCCCAGUGCUUGGCACACGCGGAGAGCCUCUUCCGGUUCACAGACUGCCCUUAUUCCAGCUGCUCCUUUGACGGGGUCUUCCAGCCCCCCGUGGAGGGAAACUUUAUUGCUUUCUCUGCGUUUUUCUACACGGUGGAUUUCCUCCGGUCAGUGAUGAAAAGACAGGUAGCCACUCCAAAUGACCUCAGAGAAGGCGCGGAGGCCGUCUGCACCACCCCCUGGAGUGAGCUGCUGAAGAAGGGGCCACAGCUGGAGCCCCUGUUGCACAACUUCUGCUCGAUGGCCACCUUCGUCUCGCUGCUGCUCACCCGGGGCUACUCGUUCAGCAACACCACCUUCCCCAGCAUAGCCUUCCAGCAGAAGGCCGGGGACACGACCAUCGGCUGGGCCCUGGGCUACAUGCUGAACCUGACUAACAUGAUCCCGGCAGAAGAGCCGAGCUUCCGGAAGGGCACCAGCUUCGGCCCCUGGGUCGGCCUCAUCCUUCUCUUUGUCGCCAUCCUUCUGGGCAGCCUGGUCAGCAUCUUCUGCCUGCUGAAGUCCUCCAAGGGCCGCGGGGCAGUGUAGGCUGGCUCUCUCCCGCCCCGCCUUCCCUGGUCAUGCACUGGGAACUCCAGCCUUUGGCCAAAACUCAGGAAGGAAGGAAUUGGAACAAACGGAAGAGCCAACUCUCCAGGGAGGCAGACAGUGCCUGGCAUGGAUUGUGGGCAUAUACAGCUCAGCCAUUCUCCUGCCUCCUUUUUCCACCCCUUCAAGAAAAAGGUGCUGCCAUUGACAAGGAAAUCUUCUGGAGACCUUCAAUCUUUCAUUUCUUCCUGCUUUGUUGUUAGACUCAGGAAUUUCUAGCCGGGGGGCCUCUUGACCCAACAAGACGCUGCCCCCACCCCAGGACAAAGGACCUUGGGAGGAAAUAUCAUGGACAUCAGGAGGCCCCAGGGUCUUAUUGCCUCUCAGCAGGCACCAGCCGCCUUCAAAAAACGGGAGUCCCUUAACAAGCAAAUGUGUUUGUCGAAAAAGUGUCCUACGGAAACUUUAAUGGGGCUCAGUCCCCACUGGACUCAAGUCCUUCACUGGGAGGCGGGAGAGGGAAAUCACUUAGCCAAAUGGUUCUAGGUGAGCUUAAGACUUUGGGGAGAGGUCUUUUGAGGCAGCCACGUGGACUUCUGACUGUCGGCCACAACUACAGGACUUCCAUUCAUGUACAAACCAGGUCUGGCUUGGCUUAGCUUCCGGAGAUCCCUCUUUUAGGGGAACGGGAAUCCAGCAAGCUGCCUUUAGCUCUGUUGCCGAGAGAAACUUCUUUUUUUCCGCUUAGUAAAGAGAGCUCCUCAUUCUCACCCGCACACCCUCUACUGACCCCCUAGACCAAAGCACAUUGCAGGAACAAGCCCUCCUUUGGAGUUUUCCUUGGCAGAGAGGUGGCCUGGAUCCCCUCAAUUUCUGGGAAUAUUUUUUGUUUGUUUCCCAAUCUUUUCCAGAAGUUAGGAGAUGACUUCCUUUCUUCCUGCAAAAAAAACAACCACCCAAAGUCUCUGUUACUUGCACACACCCCCAUGUCACACCCAUCCUUAUGAUUUAUAUUGAUGGCAAUCCUUAUGAUUUAUAUUGAUAUAUUGACCAUCAAUUGUGUUGUAAAUGUUGUACCUUGAUGAAUGUAUCUUUUCUUUUAUGUACACUGAGAGCAUAUGCACCAAGACAAAUUCCUUGUGUGUCCAAUCACACUUGGCCAAUAAAAAAAAAACACUAUUCUAAUUCUAUUCUAUUCUAUCCAUGAGACAACAGAUUUCAAACCAGGUCUCACCCAAAAAUUAAGAAUAAUCCACAGCUGAAUUUAUAUUUUUGAGUUUAUUUUGGGUCCUUCCAUUUCUUAGUGUACAAUACAGAUAUAGCAAAGUUGUCUCUUCUGAAAUUGUCAGGAUUGUAAACAAUCCUUUAAAAUAUACUUAAACACAGGCGCAAUAAUUGAAUCCAGAGGAGAGAUGCCCAAGUUAGACGAUUCCUGCAACAAGCGUUUGGGGCACAGAGGCCGCAAAAUUGCAAUUUUCCAUUAUUGUUCCUAGGAAUAAGUCACACAGGGAGUAAUGAGAUUUAUUUCUGAGUUGAAGUUUGCACUGGUGACAGUAGUUUCCCCCCCCCCCCCAACGUGUGUGAAUUUGAGAUGAAGUCAGGAUAACUGUUUUUAUUUUAAUGGCACACUGUUGUAGAAUAUUUAAAAAAAACCAACAUUAUCUAGGAUUUGGGGAGGAUUUUUUUUUUUGGCUCUUCUUUACCUUGAUAGUGCAACAAUAUUAAAGCCUCCCACAGUUGGCUUCUGCAAAAAAAACAAAAAAAUAAAAAUAAAAAUAAAAAACAGGGUGGGGUGGGAUUUUUAAAGAAAAGGAAGGGGGUGGGGAGUUUACUACUGUUGGCAGCUUCCCACCUCUUGUUUUGAUCCUCAGUUCCCACCAGCGUGUCUUUCUUUCCUUGUGCUUUUCUUUGGUGCCCUGGAUUGUAUUCUGCCUGUUUUCCAUGUAAAGAAAACAAAGUGAUGCUUGCCUUAAAGAAAUCAGAAUAAAAGCUCGCUUAGCGAC